AUGUCGUUAUUGGCAAAGGCGUCACUCAUACUUUUCACCCUGAUCGCGAGGACCUUGGCCGCCCUGCCAGCAUCGUAUGAUGUUGCUUGGACCACGCCCGGCGUGAAUGGAUCCGCUGAUUCUAUGCCUCUUGGUGGUGGUGAUAUCGGCAUCAAUACGUGGUUCGAGGAUGGCUCUAUCUUGAUGUACAUUGCCAAAAGUGGUACAUUUGACGAAAACAAUUCUCUACUGAAGCUUGGUCGUGUCAGACUCUCCUUCCAGCCAAACCCCUUCGACCAUGAUACCUUCGAACAGCGCUUGCUACUCAACUCGGGCUACGUUCAGUUCACUGGUAAGGAUAACGCCACGGCCAAGAUCUGGGUAGAUGUCUUUAAUCCAGUUGUUCACGUCGAGAUCGAUAGCCCCGAAAAAAUUGCCUUGAAGGUUGCUUAUGAGAAUUGGCGGUUUGAAGACCACGAACUUGUCAACGAGGAGCGCAACCAGGGCUCAUGGGGACUGUACACCUCCAAAGUUCGAAAUGGUACGACAUACGCUGAUAGUAUCGGAUUCCACGAGAAUGGUGUCUUGAUGAGUCAUCGCAACGACAAGCUUGACCUCUGGGACUUCCAGCUCAAGCAGCAAGGGCUUGAGGAGCAUGCUGAAACGAUGUACAAUCCUAUGCGCAACAAUGAGUUCGGUAUAUUUGUCCACUCUGAGCAGCUUCGGCCUGGAGAUAUCACCAAUGGCACAUACGUCAAUACCACCUUCAAAGCCUGGAACCUGGACACGAAAACCGCUCGCAAGUCAUUCAAGGUCAACUUCACCCUGCACCAGGCUCAGACCAGUAGUCAUAAGGAGUGGUAUGAUGGUCUCAAGAAUGUCAUGAAGUCUGCUAUCAAUGCAACUCAGGAGGCUUCGCUUGAUUGGUGGCGCGAUUGGUGGGACCGAUCUUACAUCAUCAUUAAUGAGGACCAAGGUGAGGAUGAUCCGGGAUUCCAAGUUGGCAAGAACUACCAAAUCUGGCGCUUUUUAAUGGGCUGCAACGCACUGGGAGUCUGGCCUACAAAGUUUAAUGGUGGGCUUUGGACUUUUGACCCAGUCUAUGUCAACAAGUUCCGCCCAUAUACGCCCGAUCAUCGCCGUUGGGGAGGCGGCACGUUCACUGCGCAAAACCAACGUCUACUGUAUUGGCCUUUACUACGAUCUGGUGACUUUGACACCAUGACUCAGCAGUUUGACUUCUACAAGCGUAUCACGCCUAACGCCGUUCUCCGUGGCCAGGUCUACCAGGGUAUUGAUGCAGCUUAUUUCCUCGAGCAGACCGAUAACACCGGUCUUUCUAACGUCUUUGAGUACAAUGCUCAGUACUACGAUGACGAUCAGAACACUCCCCGUCCUGACUUCUUUCCGGAAGGCGAGCUGUGGAACGUGUGGCUCAAUCAUAUGCAGGAUACUGCGAACGAGUUCGCCGACAUGAUUCUCCAGGCCAACAUUUACUCCGGGUAUGAUGUCAAGCCUUAUCUAGAAUUCAUAGAGUACCAGCUAGCCUGGUUCGACAAGUACUAUACCAAAAAGAUGCAGGAGGGCACGCCCUGGGGCUUAACCGGGUUUGAGAUUCCGCAGCUCUACACCGUGUUUCCCUGGCCCGAGUACGGUCUAGGCCUGCCGAACUUGACCUAUGCCAUCAAUACCUAUCUCUAUGAUACCGAAACUCAGUCCUAUCACGGAAACGCCGGCUGGAAACAAGAUGUCAUCUGGCUUGCGCGUAUGGGCCUUACUACCAACGCAACUGCUAUGACCGAACAGCGCUUCGCCCCCAGUACAGUCUGCAAAUUUCCGACAUUCAAGGGCCCAAAUUUUGACUGGACACCUGAUCUCAAUCAUUUCGGCGCGGCAGCAAUCGGUCUACAGGAGCAACUAAUGCAGACGUUUGUUGGUAACGAUAUCCGACUACUAGGCGCGUGGCCUAAGACCUGGGAUGCUCGCUUCAAGCUUUAUGCACCCCACAACACUACCGUCUAA